CCUCCGAGUUCCCGGCAUGCCUUGCUUCUGUAUCCCGGCAUGCAACAGCUUCUUCCUCACAGUCACUUCCGAGUUGUCUCUGUGGUGUCCCAGAACACCUUGCGGCGGAAAAAUGGCCGCGGAGCGACAGCCGGGAGCCGGAAUGGAAGAGAAUAAGGAGAACGAGAAGCCGGGCUCCGGGGGGAAGCAGGGAGCGCUGGGGGACAGUCUGGGGCUGGAGAUCUUGCAGAUCAUCAAGGAAUCUCAGCAGCAGCAUGGAAUGCGCCACGGAGACUUCCAGAGAUAUCGAGGAUACUGCUCUCGCCGGCUCAGGCGCCUUCGGAAAACCCUUAACUUUAAAAUGGGAAACAGACAUAAAUUCACAGGGAAGAAAGUGACGGCGGAGAUGCUGACAGAUAACCGUUACCUGCUUAUCAUUUUAAUGGAUGCUGAAAGAGCCUGGAGUUACGCCAUGCAGCUGAAAAAUGAGGCUAACACCGAACCUCGCAAACGCUUCCACUUGUUCUCCCGCCUGCGCAAAGCUGUCAAACACGGAGAGGAGCUGGAACGCCUGUGUGAAAGUGACCGCGUGGAUGCAAAGACCAAGUUAGAAGCUCAGGCCUAUACGGCUUAUCUCAGUGGGAUGUUGCACUUUGAGCAGCAGCAUUGGGAAGAUGCCAUGAAAGCUUUCAAUAAGUGCAAGACCAUUUACGAGAAGCUCGCGAGCGCUUUUACUGAGGAACAGGCCGUGUUGUACAACCAGAGAGUGGAUGAAAUCUCCCCCAAUAUUCGUUACUGCGCCUAUAACAUCGGGGAUAAAACUGCUAUGGAUGAGUUAAUGCAAAUGCGACUUCGCACUGGUGGAACUGAGGGGCUGUUGGCUGAGAAGCUGGAGGCUCUAAUAACCCAGACAAGAGCCAAACAGGCGGCUACAAUGAGCGAGGUGGAGUGGCGAGGGCGCGCGGUGCCUGUUAAAAUCGACAAAGUGCGAAUCUUCCUACUGGGGCUGGCAGAUAAUGAAGCUGCUAUUGCACAGGCUGAAGAUGAGGAGACUAAGGAGCGACUGUUUGAGACUGUGCUGAGCGAGUGCAGGGACGCCAUACAGUGUGUGAGGGAGGAGCUGAAAACAGAACAGAGACAGAGAGAUGCUGACACAGAAUUUGGCAAAGUUUCCAACUUACAGUAUUUGCACAGCUACCUGUCUUACAUCAAGCUCUCCACAGCCAUCCGCCGUAAUGAGAGCAUGGCCAGCGGUUUGCAGAAAGCCCUACUCCAACAGCCGCAGGCCGAGGAGGAUGGCAAGAGAGGCCCGCGCCCUCAGGAUCUGAUCCGACUCUAUGAUAUUAUCCUUCAGAAUUUAGCAGAACUGAAUCCGCUUCCUGGCUUGGAGGAUGAUCGUAAUUUCCAAAGAGAGAUCACCUUGAAGACCCUUGUGUACAAAGCCUACAGGUGCUUCUUCAUUGCUCAGUCCUAUGUGCUGGUAAAGAAGUGGAGCGAGGCGCUGGUUCUGUAUGACCGAGUGCUGAAAUAUGCUAAAGAAGUGCAGGCUCAGACUGGUGCGGCCAAGAACACACUAAAGGAAUUGCCAGAUGUCAAAGAGCUGAUAUUGCAAGUUAAUGCUGAGAAGUACUCCCUGCACGCAGCCGCCAUCCUGGAUUCCAGUGAUAAGCCAGAGGAGGUCUCCCCAUCUCAAGUAAAGAACAACAAGCCUCUGUCAGAUCGCUUGGAUGUCUUCUCCCUCGACCCAUCCGUAGUGGGCAAGCACGCCAGCCUGGUCCAGUUCCCGCCCAACUUCCAUCCGAUUCCAUGCAAGCCUCUUUUCUUCGACCUGGCUCUGAAUCACGUGACUUUUCCCUCCCUGGAAGACAAGCUGGAGCAGAAAGCCAAGAGCGGCCUGACCGGAUACUUUAAGGGUUUUUUCGGAUUCCGCAGUUAAUGGAAAGGAAAGGCCGCCAAUAGGAGAACAUCAUUUGUUUCUACUACUUGGAUCCACAGCAGAAUGCUGGUCCAGAGCUUCACUUAUAAAUUCCAUUUUAUUUAUAACAUUAUCGGUUACAGUGGCAGAGAGAUCCCUGGAUUUAUUGAACUCUGCCGCAAAUACACGCGCACCUGGCACUGCCAGUAAUGCUGCAUUUUAUUUAAUUCCCUCAAGAUGGAGGUUGGCAUUAAAGUGGUACUGACACACGUAGCUAUUACGGUUUUAAAAAAAGUUCUAAAGCUCUAAAGUUCUAAAGGUAAAAGUGAAAAUUAACUUGUUAACUUGACAGGAGCAGUGGCUGCCCAGGGGCCAAGCUUAGGAGGGGCUUUUUGCCCUGGUAACUUCAGGCGUGUUUCUCGGCAGCAGCACCCCGGGACAGGAGAACAGACUGUGGAUUAUAUUAUAGGCCCUCCCAGUCUGAUUUAGCCCAACCCCCUUGUGGUGGCUAGUUUGGUUACAGAUAGUCUUAUUUGGCAACUUUAUUUAUAUCUUGCAUUUUAUGUCCAACUUUACUUUGGCACAGGGAGAUUUUUAUUUUCAACUUGCCCACCCAUUAUUGACCCCCACUGACCCUUGGGAACUUAUCUGAAAUGGCUCUGCCUGUUGCACAAUUUCAAUAUCCAUUGACACAAGAGAUCGAGGCUGUUCUCUUUGUGCCAGUCGCAGGGAUAGCGCCACCCAGCAGAGGAGAUGCCGACCGCACCAGCUUGUGUCAGUAUCAAUUUAAAGGCACCUUAUAAUUAGUGUUCUGUUACUUAGUGUCGCUGGUCACUAUGCUGUGGAUUAAGUUUUGUGGGGAUUUUUGAUUUGCUUCAAAAUGGGGGUCAAUAAACUGCUUCCAUGUGAAUAAAAAAAAAA